AUGAUGGUAAGUUCGAGAAAAAUGAUACGUUUCAGAUUUUCAAAUUGCCACGUCAUCAGUACACGCUAAUAGUGACCGUUCUGUAAAUAUUUCUCAAAAUUUGGUAGCUAGGAUUUCUCAGUUCAUCUCAGAAAAUCACUUUUAACUCAAAAAAGUUCCAAAUUACACUAUAUAUUUGAGAACUAAUGUAUAUAUUUGAGAACUAAUGUAUUUUCCUUGUCGGUUGGAAACUCUUCGAUAAAGAAGAUGCGUCUUUGACUUUGUUUCUCUUCCCAAUAGGAUGAUCUGGAAACGAUGUUGGGAAAAAUGACAUCUGAAUUUCCGGCUUUUCAUUUUUCUCAGAUUUUUAUAGAAGUUAUGAAAUUGGAUUUUUUUACAUUCAUAUGACAUUUUUGUUACAAAUCUUAUUUUCAAACUUGAUUUUAGAAGUUUUGUACCCAAAGUCAAACUUUCCACCAUCCUUCAAUCCAAUUUUUCAUCGUGAAUUUUGGAAAACUACGAUUUGGUGCCUAAAAAUCAAUCAAUAAUCUCCCAAAUAUUUACAUUUCUCAAUUUUUCACAAAAAGAACACAGCAAACAUUUACUAGAGUUAGCCUGCCUUACUUUCUUUCUUAUAUAUUUUUAACACAAUUUCAAACAAUUUGAUUUUGUCAGAAAAUGGAAAAUGAAUCGAGUUCAACGGAUACAAUUUCGAAAGCCGAUGCUGUAAAAAAUCAGGUGGAUUCAGUGAAAAAAAUUAUGGUCGAAAAUGUCGAGCGAAUUUUGGAAAGAGGCGAGAGAUUGGAUAAUAUUGAGAGACGAACAGAACAUUUACAAGCUACGGUAUGUGUUAGUUUAUAAAGAAGCUAUAAAAAACAUUUUUGUAGAGUACCAACUUCAAAAUGAAUGCACGAAAAGUGAAGCGAAAGUUUUGUAUGUUGAAUGCAAAAUGGACAUGUAUCACAAUUUUCGUCAUUCUUAUUGUAUUCAUAAUUUGUCUUCUGAUCAUUUUGGGCGCUGCCGGAGUUUUCAAAAAGAAAUGA